AUGACCGCCCAAAAAGCCUUGAACACAAUAUACCGUGACAGGGAUUUCCCCCCGUGGCCAAUCGAAGGGGAAUUCUCCAUCUAUCCUCGAGAGAGCAUUUGCCGAAUCAUCAUCAACAAGAAGGGCCGAAUCUGCGGUAAACGCAUAUCCGACAGCUGUGCGGGAUCCCUGCGCCAGCACGUGAAAACGGCGCACUUGUCCGAAAAUUUAGAAAUUCGGCAGAGACAUCUCCGGAAACUAGAGCUGGUUCCGGGGAAACUUGGCCCUCCUGGUAGAGAGGUCGUCGCGGAAGUCGUGAAAGAACUUAUUCGCCGUUACAAAAACCCAUUUGACCUUGCGAAGAUCCGAUUCGAUGAAGAUUCCUCUUCAGAUGAUGAGCAUCAUGAAAUAGCAGGGGAGGUCGUGGAAGAUGUAGAGGAGGACGAGCGAGAGGAAGAUGAGCAAGAGGAAGAUGGAGAAGAGGAAGAGGAAGAAGAAGAGGCGACGCAAGUGGAAGAGGUGACAGAUGUGACAGCAGGGGGGGAGAUGACGGAUGGGGAAGGGGACACACCAAGUGAAGCGGGAACAUGCGAACUAGCCUCGAUGAGUAAACAUAUCCCUGAAUAUGACGGAGAAGAAUUGGAAAGCCAAGAAAAAGGCAGCGAUACUACAUGUAGCUCGUUUGACGCAGGAUUCUUACCUGAGGACGGCCAUGAGGAAGUCAAGUUAACCAGGGAGGAGAAGGGUGACGACUCAGAAGAAGAGAAUAUCCUAGAUAAUGAGAAGAAGAGUGAAGUAGUGGCGAAAGGCCUUCAGGAGGCAAUUGAUGCCUCUUCGGACUGGGGCUACAAUGGAGAUGACGAUGGUGAUGAUGAUGAGCAGGUAUUUGAGGAAGAUCUUGAGGUUUGGAGGGAGGAAAGGACAUGGGAGAAAGGCAAUAAGCAACGCGAUGAGUUAAUGUUGGAUAUCGAUACCGGUAGAAAAGAACAUGAAAGUCAUCUAAAGCUUAAGAGCGAGAAGAAGGAAGAUACACCCUCAAAGCGUCAGCGUUCAGCCUUCGAUGACUACACCGACGGAGAUGAAAACGAAGACGACCACGAAUCUUGGUUUUCAACACCAACACCAGCACCCUCAAAACGCCAGCGUACCAUUGGGGCCCGCUAUGUGCGUAUUGAACGGCAGGGUAGACCAGUCGCUCUAGCAAAAGAAGGAGCCGUCCUGAAAGCAGGGGAACUUGUCGAGAAAGAAGAGGAAGCUGUGAAGAAAGAAGAGAAAGCUGUUAAGAAAGAAGAGGAAGUUGUCAAGAAGGAAGAGAGUCCAGAAACCCCCGAAGUGUACUAUUUAGCGAGGGAAAGUGGUGUAUUUUUAGAUUACGAAGGGGAUAUAUAUAUGUCAGGAAUCUAG